AUGUACUUUAGCCUUAGGUCUGGGUCGAAAUUGGACCUGAGUUUGCCAGGUGUCCAAUUUGGAAGGGCAGAUGCUGCUGCCGUAUCUCAAAUUAUCAGACAAUGUGGACGCAAUGGUAAACCAGGCCUCACCGUUUUCUACACUGAAAAGAGACGUCUCCAUGGAAAGAACUCGGUGUCAGAUUUUGAAGGCCUGAAGGAGUUUUCUGAUGAUGAUCUAAUGGAUGGGUUGGCUGUAACUCCAGUCUGCUUGCGGAUUGCCUUGACUUUGAGUAACCUACUUGGAAGAAUUCCCAUGAGUGACAACAAAGAAAUCUAUGUAGAAGAGAAACUUCAACAAGAAAAAGCGGGAAUGUGUGCCUGCCAUUGCUCAAAUUGUGAGCCUGAAGUAUGCAGGAAGUUGGCUGCACAAAUGAAAUGGCUUACCAUGGCCAACUUCAAAGCUGGACUUCAAAAUCCGGAUAUUCUGCCACAUUUGGAAGUCGCCGCACCAAUGGCUUCUUGGGAUACUGUUGAAGACGAGAAUGCCGAGGUUGAUGCACCAACGUUCAAUCAAAACCCCAAGCGUCCACCACCUCGCCGUAAUGAACUGAUCCAGCUGGCUGACCUGCUCACUCUGACCGUCAAGCAACACCAUCAAAAAUUGAUGACUAACGCCGAUCAGCUAAGGCCAACAGAUUACGUGGAUGAUGAUGACAUCUGGAGGGUAUUGGAUAAGAUACACCACAUUCAGAGCAAAAAUGAUGUUUUCAAGAUUCUUGGAUGUGAUCUAUUACUGGGUGGAGUGAAGUUGAUGUUUGAUUAUCAAAGACUGGCGGGUAGGAAGUGUUGGUAUGCGGGAUUUAACUGA